AUGGAAAAAUUAACUAUCAAUAAUCGUUAUGCACAAAAUCAGAAAGAAUCUUAUAAAUUAAUAAAUGAUAAAUCGAAUUUAUCAAUUGUUAAAUAUAAUUAUCUUAUUGAACUUUAUAUAGAUCGAGCUCAUGAUGAUUAUAUUGAAGAAUUUCUAUGUAAUACGAAAACAUAUUUCCAAAAUAAUAUUCUUCUUGAUACCCAUUAUGAAGCAUUAGAAAGAGUAACACAUAAUUUUACAAGAGAUUCAACACGAAUUAAUUGUAUGAAAGUAAAUGAACUAUUUUUAUUUGGAAAACUCGAGUAUUCAAAAUCUUGUAAAGAUUAUUUUCCUUUUGCAAUAAUAGAUUGA